CUCCACCCGCCUCUAGCUUUCUUGCAAACCCUAGAACUCCUCACUCUUCUUCAUCGCCUUUCAAUUUCUACAGAGAGAGAGUGUGUUUACAGAUCGGAAAUGGCGGAGACCGAGACGUUUGCUUUCCAGGCUGAGAUCAACCAGCUGUUGAGUCUUAUCAUCAACACGUUCUACAGCAACAAAGAGAUCUUUCUCCGUGAACUCAUUAGCAAUGCCUCCGAUGCUUUGGACAAAAUUCGAUUUGAGAGCUUGACUGACAAGAGCAAGCUAGAUGCACAACCAGAGCUUUUCAUCCACAUUAUUCCUGACAAGACCAACAACACAUUGACCAUUAUUGACAGUGGUAUUGGCAUGACCAAGGCCGAUUUGGUGAACAAUCUUGGUACAAUUGCUAGGUCUGGUACCAAAGAGUUCAUGGAAGCUCUUGCUGCCGGUGCUGACGUGAGCAUGAUUGGGCAGUUUGGUGUUGGGUUCUACUCAGCUUACUUGGUUGCUGAGAAGGUGAUAGUGGUUUCAAAGCACAAUGACGAUGAGCAAUAUGUUUGGGAAUCCCAAGCUGGUGGCUCGUUCACUGUCACCAGAGACACCACUGGUGAAAGUCUUGGUAGGGGUACAAAGAUGACCCUGUACCUUAAAGAAGACCAGCUUGAGUACCUUGAGGAACGACGUCUCAAGGACUUGGUCAAGAAGCACUCUGAAUUCAUUAGUUACCCAAUCUCUCUCUGGAUUGAGAAGACUACAGAGAAGGAAAUUUCUGAUGACGAGGAUGAGGAAGAGAAGAAAGAUGAGGAAGGAAAGGUUGAGGAUGUUGACGAAGAGAAGGAGAAGGAAGAGAAGAAAAAGAAGAAGAUCAAGGAGGUGUCCCACGAGUGGUCUUUGGUGAACAAGCAGAAGCCCAUCUGGAUGAGGAAGCCUGAGGAGAUUACAAAGGAAGAGUAUUCUGCUUUCUACAAGAGUCUCACCAAUGACUGGGAGGAGCACUUAGCUGUGAAGCACUUCUCAGUUGAGGGCCAAUUGGAGUUCAAGGCUAUUCUCUUCGUGCCUAAGAGGGCACCCUUUGAUCUCUUUGACACAAGGAAGAAGCCUAACAACAUCAAGCUUUAUGUUCGCCGUGUCUUCAUCAUGGAUAACUGUGAGGAGUUGAUCCCAGAGUACCUCAGUUUUGUGAAGGGUAUUGUUGAUUCUGAGGACCUUCCACUCAACAUCUCCAGAGAAAUGUUGCAGCAAAACAAAAUCCUGAAGGUGAUUCGCAAGAAUUUGGUGAAGAAGUGCGUUGAGCUCUUUUUCGAGAUUGCUGAGAACAAGGAAGACUACAACAAGUUCUAUGAGGCCUUCUCCAAGAACCUCAAGCUUGGCAUUCACGAGGAUUCCACAAACAAGACCAAACUUGCUGAACUUCUUCGAUAUCACUCCACCAAGAGUGGAGAUGAGAUGACUAGCCUCAAGGACUAUGUGACCAGGAUGAAGGAAGGCCAGAGUGACAUUUACUACAUCACCGGUGAGAGCAAGAAGGCUGUUGAAAACUCUCCAUUCCUCGAGAAGCUGAAGAAGAAGGGGAUUGAGGUCCUCUACAUGGUUGAUGCCAUUGAUGAGUAUGCAGUGGGUCAAUUGAAGGAAUUUGAAGGGAAGAAGCUGGUGUCUGCAACAAAGGAGGGUUUGAAACUUGACGAGACUGAAGAUGAGAAGGCCAAAAAAGAAGCACUCAAGGAGAAGUUUGAGGGUCUUUGCAAGGUGGUCAAGGAUGUUUUGGGCGACAGAGUUGAGAAGGUUGUUGUGUCUGAUCGUGUCGUGGACUCACCCUGCUGUUUGGUGACCGGUGAGUAUGGAUGGACUGCCAACAUGGAGAGAAUCAUGAAGGCGCAGGCUUUGAGGGACUCUAGCAUGGCUGGGUAUAUGUCGAGCAAGAAGACCAUGGAGAUCAACCCGGAGAAUCCCAUUAUGGAGGAGCUGAGGAAGAGGGCUGAUGCAGACAAGAACGACAAGUCAGUGAAGGAUUUGGUUCUCUUGCUCUUUGAGACUGCAUUGCUCACCUCAGGGUUCAGCCUUGAUGACCCGAACACCUUCGGCAACCGGAUCCACAGAAUGUUGAAACUUGGUCUGAGCAUCGAUGAGGAAGCUGGUGAAGCUGAUGUGGACAUGCCACCAUUGGAGGAAGCUGAUGCUGAUGCCGAGGGGAGCAAGAUGGAGGAAGUUGAUUAAAUGAAAAGCUACCCACCACCACCACAAAACCCUUUUGAGAUUCUUGGCUUAAUAGUAGUUUCUUUUUAAAUUUGUGUCUCUGGCUUUUAGUUUUGCCCUACUCUUUCUUUACCGAUAUGGGUAGUGGUACUGGAUUUAUAUAGCUGGCAAUUAUUAAAUGAUGUUUUUGUUUUUGCUAUAUUUCUGGCUUUUGUUUUUGUUUCUGUUUCUUAGUUGUAGUUUUUUAUGGAUGCUACAAAGGUGAAUUUUAAGCCCAUUUGGAAGAAGGCUUUUCUUGUCCCCAA